UUAACAGGUGUACUCGCUUAUCGCAGUGUUUAUAUCGCCUGAAUCAUCAUGGCCGUUGGAAGUAUUUUAUUGGCGGCUUUGCUGGCGCUGGUUGGCUAUCUGCUGGUGAAAUGGCGCAACACCUUGAGACACUGGCAGGACCAGGGUAUUCCCUGCGAGGAGCCCCAUAUCCUAAUGGGAAAUAUGAAGGGUGUGCGCACCAAGAAAUCGUUCAGUGAGGUGUGGAUGGAACACUACCAGAAAUUCAGAGGUACUGGCCCCUUCGCCGGUUUCUAUUGGUUCCGGCGACCGGCUGUCUUCGUCCUGGAACCCUCUCUGGCCAAGACCAUCCUGAUCAAGGAGUUCAAUAAGUUCACUGACCGCGGCUUCUUUCACAACGAAGACGAUGAUCCGCUGUCGGGUCAGCUGUUCCUGCUGGAUGGCCACAAGUGGCGGUCCAUGAGGAACAAACUGUCGUCCACUUUUACGUCCGGCAAAAUGAAGUACAUGUUCCCCACGGUGAUAAAGGUGGCCCAUGAGUUCACCGAUGUCUUUGGCCAAAUGGUGGACAAGUCCCCAGCCAUAGAGGUGCGAGAGCUCUUGGCCAGGUUCACCACGGAUGUGAUCGGAACCUGUGCCUUUGGCAUCGAAUGCAGCAGCCUGAAGGAUCCCGAGGCUGAGUUCCGCGUGAUGGGCAGACGAUCCCUUACAGAGCAGCGCCACGGAAUUCUCGGUAUAAUGUUCAUCAACAGUUUUCCCAAACUGGCACGUCGCCUGCACAUGAAAAUGACGGCAGAGCCCAUCGAAAAGUUCUUCAUGCGCAUCGUCAGGGAAACGGUGAGCUUCAGAGAGCAGAACAAUAUCCGACGCAACGACUUCAUGGAUCAGUUGAUCGAUUUGAAAAAUAAACCACUAAUUACCUCCGAAAAGGGGGAGAGCGUUAAUCUAACAAUCGAGGAGAUCGCUGCUCAGGCGUUUGUAUUCUUCAACGCCGGGUUCGAGACCUCGUCAACGACAAUGGGAUUCGCCCUGUACGAGUUGGCUCAACAUCAGGACAUUCAGAGCCGUGUAAGGGAGGAGGUCCUGAGGAUCAGUGAAAAGUAUGGCGGAGAGUUGUCCUAUGAAAGUGUCAAGGAGCUGGUCUAUGUCGAUCAGGUGAUUUCUGAGACCCUUCGCCUCUACACAGUGCUUCCGGUACUGAAUCGCGAGUGCCUGGAGGACUUUGUGGUUCCCGACAAUCCGAAGUAUGUGAUCAAGAAGGGCAUGCCCAUCCUCAUUCCCGCUGGAGCUAUGCAUCGUGACGAGCGAUUUUAUCCCAAUCCGAACACCUUCGAUCCGGACAACUUUUCGCCUGAACGCGUCAAGGAGCGAGAUUCCAUUGAGUGGCUGCCCUUUGGCGAAGGUCCUCGCAACUGCAUUGGAAUGCGCUUUGGCCAAAUGCAAGCCCGCAUUGGCCUGGCCCUUCUGAUGAAGGACUUUAAGUUUUCCGUCUGUGAGAAGACCACGAUUCCCAUGAAGUACCACAAGGAGAUGUUCCUUGUCAGCAGCGAGUCUGGUAUUUACCUCAAAGUUGAACGCGUUUGAGUCAUUCAUUUAUAAUCAGCCAUAUAAAUGUACAUAAGUAUAUACAUUUGUAGCGCCACUUGAGAAUUAACUGGUAAUAAACGAUUUUGAUUGCAUCAUAUAAA